UUUUAUUACUUUUCUUAACAAUUUUCAAUCGACGAGUCUCGGUUUUAAACGGAGAAUAUAAUGAUUAAUAUCACGCAAGACGCUUUGAAACUAAUUUCUGAGCAAUUGUCUCCGACGUCUCGUUUCAAUUUAGCUGCCAUUGAUCAAAGAUGUUUUGAUGCAGCGACAAAGUGGCAUGAUGUCAAGACAAUUGUGUUCGACGAGGAGGACGUGGUCAUGGCUGGUGCGAAUUUUGUGCACACUUUUGCAAACUCUUCAUUCGACAGAGCUAAUGAGAAUAAGGUGGUCACUAAUGCUGAAGCAAAAGAAGCCGUACUCAAACUGUGCCCAGCUGUGAAGAAACUUAUUAUCCAGACAAAGUUGUCUGAUUUCGAAGCCGUAAGACUCAACAAACUCAAUUUGAAGCUCACCAAGCUGUACAUCAGCAAUGAGAACUUGGGGCUGGUCAACUUUCCAAAGUUUGAAAAGCUGCGGACACUUCACCUUGUAGUCGACAGCACCAAAAAACUGAAGAUCGUGGAUGUCGUUGAGCCAAGAGUUCUGAAAGCCGGCUUCCCACAAACACUGACACGUGUAUGCUUGACAGGGAUUUAUCUGACUGAAAACCUGCUUGACCACUUGGCUUCUUUGAAAAAUUUGGCGUGCUUGGAUUUGAUUGGUUGUUUGGUGGACACAAGAGUCGGAGCAAAAUAUGUUUCGAAACUUGAAAAAAUGGAAAAUCUGGAUGAUCUGAGCAUCCCUCCAUCGAUGUUCUCAUUUUCUUCGAAAGUGAACACUUCUGUCGAUUUUAAUCUUUGCCAGCUGAAAGUUUCAAAGAUUGGGAUCUACAUGGACCAGUAUGAUGACGACAAUUUUUUCAGUCAAACGAGACAUUUUUUGCCGAAAAAUCUGAAGAUUCUUGUGAUUUUUGGAAACUAUUUUCCAAUGAAGAAGAAGAAGAACCAGUUGAGCGGGAACAAGAAUAUUUUGAUUCUCUUUGGUCCGAACACUUCCCUGGCUUCUUGUCCACAGGCAAAUCUCACUGAUGUCUAUCUCCUAUCACAUUUGGUUCGUCGUUCUCCAUACAUUCCACAGGAAUAUAGUCCGAACUUUUUGAGAAAUCACGAUGUCAUUAUUGGAAAUCUCGCUUGGCAGUUCAGUUUGAUUGAGUGGAAGGAUAAUAAUGGAUCAAGGAGAGAUGUGUUGGAGUUGAGAAAUCGAUUGAAUGUGGCUCCAGAUCAAGAUGUGGUGUUCGAGGGUGUCACUAUUGCACCACCAGUCAUUCUUGACAGAUUGGCGCGAUUUAGAGAGCGUCGUCGUAUGCCGAUUCCAGCUGGGUCUCCAAACGAGUUUCAAGUGUUUGACCGUGUUCUUCCCGCUCCUCCGCUUCAAGUUGGUCUUGUUGGCCGAGUUCCACCACCGCCACCACCGCCACCACCACGUCGACGUUCUCGCUCUCGUGAUCGUCCCAGACUUGUCUUCUCCAACAUCGGAGGUUCAGCUCGUCGUAGAACUCGUUCAGCUCCACCUGCUAUCCAAGAUGUUCCAGCGGUGCCUGUGAGAAGAAGUGAUUCGAUGCUAACUAAUCCACCAUCUCCAGUCGGUACUCGUACCGGUGCAGUGUUCACUGCCACUUUGCCAAUGAUCACUCCUAUCGGAGGACCAUCAGCUGCUUCCCAAAUCGGUGGUACAGCUCCCGUGACAACUGAACCUGCAACAAGUGUGCUGAAUCGAGGAUUCAUUGAGACACUUACUUCUACUUCUCGAGCAACAAUCGGAUCUUCAGAGUCUAGAAGAUUGUCGACUGCUUCACAAGCAUCGACAUCAUUGAACAGUGAGAUGACUAUCCAAACAACAGCAACUGCAUCGCCGGAACGUCUUCCAGCUCCUCCAGGAAAUCCCCCAGCAAGAGUUGCACCUUCUUCUCUCAAUGAGCAGAACAACAACGACAACGGACCAACUCAAAAUGGAAAUGAGCACUGAAUUUUCUAUUAGAUCAAUAAAGCAUUUCUCGGAGCCAA